AUGGCCAGUCAAGACAACAUGGAAGCCUUGUACACAAUGUUUUCUCGUUUGUUGGACAGAAAGGUUGAUGAACUUAAAAGAGUACAAUCUGAAGGAAGUGAAAGGAGAGAAAAUAAUGAUGAUAUUAAGGAUGAUUACAUGGAUAUUUUAAUAACCAAAGUUCAAUUAAAUCAACAACAACCCUCAAUAUCAGUAAUAAAUACCGCUAGAAGGACCUCAAAUCGUAGUAAAACUGAUAAUAAGCUUAACGUCAAUGUGAGAAACGUAAGACAUUAA